AUGCAGAUCUUUGUCAAGACCUUGACCGGCAAGACCAUCACCCUGAAGGUGGAAUCUUCAGACACCAUCGACAACGUGAAGGCGAAGAUCCAGGACAAGGAGGGCAUCCCCCCGGACCAGCAGCGCCUGAUCUUUGCCGGUAAGCAGCUUGAGGAUGGUCGCACACUGGCAGAUUACAACAUUCAGAAGGAGUCUACUCUCCACCUGGUGCUUCGCCUUCGUGGUGGCCAAAAAUUGUACGUGCUCGAUACUUGCGGAACAAAUCUGUGGCUACGGUUGAAUCCAGCUUUAUUGAUGACGUGGAUGCUGGGGUCAGCCUUGACUUUGAAGGGAGGAAUUUCAUGA